UUGUGAACGUUAAUGUGAAGCGUAUCACGCACCACGAUUUACAGUAAUCAUUUUUGUGCGAUUAUGUAUUAAAAUUAUUAAAAUUUUUAAGGAUAAUUAGUGCAAAAAUGGCAAGUUUAGUCACAUUAGUCAAGAAUAGACCGCUGUAUAUUUACGUUCAGCGCUAUUUUGCGACCACUUCCCGGAGUAAGCUGCCGGCAGUGACAGUCACCCUAGAUGAAACCACUAACCAAGCUCUGGAUGCCGGAAGUUUCAAACCCAGGCAACACGCAGGCCGGCAAACGACGGGAUGCACCAGCGUUCCGGACUCCAUCGUGGGUGCUAUUGAACGAAGUUGCAAAGACCAUCCCGUAAAGGCACUGUUCGCCGAAGGUAUGAAGUUGGAUAACUUUCUGCGAUCCCGAAAAGUCCCACUGGAACAUGAUGAGCUUAGACGGAAGGUUAACAACUUGCGGCACGCCGUGGGCGAUGAAUUCAAAACCAAACUGAACGUUACGGAGAUGACCGAAGAACAGGUAACCUACAUCAACAAGGUAAUCGAGGCGCAGGCCAGGAAACGCGCCAAACAGCAGAUCUACGCCUGGAAGCCAAUCAGCUACGACGAGUUCAAAAGCUUGCAGUACCUUCUGGGUCGGUCGGCGGCCGAGUAUGCGACGUUGGUGCGGGUAUUUGACGAGAUCAAACGGCGCGACGAGCAGUUCAAACCGCGAAGUUUCAUCGACUUUGGAUCCGGCGUCGGGACCGGAACGUGGGCCGUGUCCACCCUGUGGAAGGAGCACAUUUUCGAGUACGUGUCCAUUGAUGCUUCGGCCGAUAUGAACGACCUGGCCGAGCUGAUUCUGCGAGGUGGAGAAAUCAACAAGGCUAUGAGCUUGAAAAACGUGUUCUACCGACAGUUUUUGCCAGCCUCGCACAACAAGUACGACAUCGUGCUGAGUGCGUUUUCGCUGUUCGAGUUGCCGUCGAAGAAGAAUCGUUUGGAUGUGCUGGAGAACUUGUGGAACAAGUGCGACGGCUACCUGGUACUGGUGGAGCAGGGCUCCUUCGCUGGGUUUUCGUUGAUCGAGGAAGCCAGGGAAUUUAUGUUGAAGAAGUUCGAGACCAGUGAAGUUGAGUAUCAUAUAUUCUCACCGUGUCCCCAUCACCAGCAAUGCCCUCGUAUGCAGUUGGAAGACGGCACCCCGUGCAAUUUCGAAGUGACCUACAAUUCGCUGCCGCUGGGGAAAACUAGCGAGGCGUCCAAGUUCCUGUAUUCCUAUGUGGUGUUCAAAAAAGGCUCUCCGAUCGCCCAAAGCCGCUAUCCUCGCUUGGUAAGGCCAACACUCGUCCGUUCGAAGCAUUCGGUAUGCCGCAUGUGCACCGAAGGCGGACAACUGCAGGAAAUCAUUUUCACCGCUUCCAAACAUGGCAAGAACCUCUAUCGAUGCGCAAGGGCCAGUAAAUGGGGUGAUCAACUACCGAUCAAAAUAGAUAACGUGGAAUAAGAUGGACCGGUCACGUAGAAGAAUAAACGUACAAAAAUGGUA